GAGCGCGGGGUUUGAUGGGAAGGCAUUGGCCGGGCCCAGCGCUCUAUCUGUAGGUGCUGCUGCCUGCUCCAGAGGCUCUACGCGGUGGCGACCCAGGCUUCCCCGAGUGGACGCCCAGGCCGAGCGGCGCCCGCUUUUCUCAGGUAGGACUGUGAAGGGAGGGCCGCGUAGACGGAGGCGCUCCGGACAGCGGGAACCAGUCUCCGGGUUCCUCGGCGCGCCGGCCCGGGUGCCUCCGCCCCUGCCAAGUGGCCUAGAGCUUGGUGGCGGCUGGGGAACACGCCGCGGGGCUGCUGCCCUCCGUACACUGUUGCCGCCUUCUCUCGUGGAUCGCCCUGAACAGCGGCCCGAGCGGCUCCGGAGCGCACGAGACCCGGCUCUGCCUCCCCUGAGGCCGGUGUUCUUUCCGGCUGUGACUUCUUUUGGACAACUCAUGAUAUUUAUUAUUGUGCCAAGUUUCUGCAAAUAAAAGAUGGGUGGAUUAUUUUCUCGAUGGAGGGCAAAACCUUCAACAGUAGAAGUUCUAGAAAAUAUAGAUAAGGAAAUUCAAGCAUUGGAAGAAUUUAGAGAAAAAAAUCAGAGAUUGCAAAAAUUAUGGGUUGGAAGAUUAAUUAUCUAUUCUUCAAUUCUUUACCUGUUUACCUGUUUAAUUGUGUACUUGUGGUAUCUUCCUGAUGAGUUUACAGCAAGACUUGUCAUGACACUCCCAUUUUUUGCUUUUCCUUUGAUCAUCUGGACAUUAAGAACUGUACUUAUUUUCUUCUUUUCCAAGAGAACAGAGAGAAAUAAUGAAGCAUUGGAUGAUUUAAAAUCCCAGAAGAAAAAGAUACUUGAAGAAGUCAUGGAAAAAGAAACUUAUAAGACAGCUAAGUUAAUUCUUGAAAGGUUUGAUCCAGACUCAAAGAAAGCAAAGGAGUUUGAGCCGCCAUCUGCUGGAGCAGCUGUAACUGCAAAGCCAGGACAAGAGAUUCGUCAGCGAACUGCAGCUCAAAGAAACCUUUCCCCAGCACCAGCAAGCUCUAGUCAGGGUCCUCCUCCACAAGGUCCAGUGUCUCCUGGGCCAGCGAAGGACGCUUCAGCUCCUGGGGGACCGCCAGAAAGAACUGUUGCUCCAGCCUUGCCCAGGCGCCUUGGAUCCCCUGCUACUUCAGUUCCUGGAAUGGGCCUUCACCCUCCAGGUCCACCUUUAGCAAGACCCAUUCUCCCCCGAGAACGAGGUGCUCUGGAUAGAAUUGUUGAAUACUUAGUUGGUGAUGGUCCACAGAACAGGUACGCCCUCAUAUGUCAGCAGUGUUUUUCUCACAAUGGCAUGGCUUUGAAGGAAGAAUUUGAAUAUAUUGCUUUUCGAUGUGCCUACUGUUUUUUCUUGAAUCCUGCAAGAAAAACGAGACCUCAAGCUCCACGGCUUCCAGAGUUUAGUUUUGAGAAGAGGCAGGCAGUGGAAGGCUCAAGCUCAACUGGUCCCACGCUACUAGAAAGUGUGCCCUCAGCAGAAAGCCAGCUCAUUGAAGACUCUUUAGAAGAACAAGAUGUUCUUGAUAAUAGUACUGAGCAGAGAGAUGACAAAAUACCAGUUACAGAGCAGACAAGCCAAGUGAUUGAAAAAACAUCUGGUCCAGAGGAGCCAGCAGAGAACCAAGAAGAGACUGAGAACGAGGAAACCUCAACAAACGAAGCCAAGUCACCUGUUCUCAGAGCUGAUUCUGUUCCUAAUCUUGAACCAAGUGAAGAAUCUUUGGUGACAAAGUAGUAAAUACUUCCAUGUGCCUUCAACUGGAUAUUUGUAGUCUUGUUGAUGUUAGUUACUGCUUUUUUUUUUUUUUUUGUGGUACUCAAGAAAAAUUUGCCUUCUAGAUAUACGCUUAAUAUUAUUCAUAUUCAGAUUGCCCAGCAAGUUCAGUGUAUCCAAGUACUACCACUAGGUAUUGACAGUAAAAGCACGUGGUAUCAGUUAAUAUGCAGAGGCAUAGCUGUGCAUUCUAAAGUUAAAAAAAUGUUUUUUACAUGUAUAACUUGUAAAUAAUACCCACUUUGACAUAGGAACAAAUUUGGCUAGGAAUAAUUUCUUCCAUAGUAUUUAAGGGUUGAAACAUAAUUAAGAUUUUGAAUACUUCAUCAUUAAAUUUUAACUUUGGAGAUAUUUGCCAGUGGGAAGGAAAUAUCUGUUUAGGUGUUUACACCAAGUAAUGCUGAAAGCUGUAACCUUAAUUACAUACGCAUUGGUACGAAUUCUCAGUAAGAAUGCAACUAAACAGUCAAGUGCAGUAUUUCUCUUGAUGUCUUUUAUUUUACAACUGGGCCAAAGGCACAUAAUGUAUAUAGUUAAUGUUUACAUAGUAAUAGGAAAUACAUCUGCACUUGACUGUACUUGAAUUCUUGGUAUUAUUUAUAUUUGUAAUAUAAUGAUGAUAUAUAAAUGGUUUUUGUGUGUGUGUGUGUGUUUUGUUAAGGAAAAUAAAGAUGACCUGGCAGCGUUUUUCUUUGUUAAAUAUCUAGACUUCCUCACAUAGUAUGUUGAUGGAUGACUUGGCUAUCUGAAAAAUACCUUGGUAGGGAAAACUCACUGUAUGAAAACUAUAUAGCAAAUUAUGAUGUUUUUCUUUUCAUUUAGACUUUCAAAAUCAGUGACAUAAGAGGUUUAGUGUUUCUAAUCAGAAGUUAAAUUUUUUCUGAUUUUGAAACAUAUUAUGGCAUAGGUAGUUUUUAACUUUGAGAGACAAAUAAAUGCAUUUUUAAAGAUAAGACAGUUAAAUUUAAUGAAACUCACUAGACUGAGUAUGUAUACCAAGUAUCAGGUGGGAAGAUUUUUGAUGUAGACUAGUUAUUCUUAAACACAAUAUGAUUAUUUGUUCUAGUUUCCUUUUAUGUGUCUUAUGUUGAAACAACUGAAGUGAAUUUACAUCAUAGGGGAGACAUGUUACGAUAGUGUUUCUGGCUAAUCCUUUAGCUAUCAAAUGUUUAAAUAUACUUAUUAUCAUUUAAAAGUUUAUAUUUAUGAGUAAUACCUCAUCUGACAUAUAUAAAAGAACCCAGUUUGUUAAUAUUCUGAGGCAUUUUAGUGUAGUGCCUGUAAUUGAAGCAUGUGGAACUGGACUUGAAUGUCAGCUUUGCAAUCGUGGGCAUUUCACCUAACCUCUCUGCAUUUAUUUAAGCUGUAAAAUGAAAAGAAUAAUAUGUUUUCCAUAGGUACUGGGAAGUUAAAAAUAAGUUAUAUGAUGUGCCUAGCUUUCUUGCUAGAUAAUUAAUUAAUAGGUAUUAGGUUACAUGGUAGAAUUUAUUGGUAUUAUUGAAACCCUUGUGAAAUAUGGAAGGACCGUAGAUCCUUUCUUUGGUAGAUAAUGAAAUUAAAGAAAACUAUGAGCAUUCAAUUUAUUUGUUCUGAACAGAAAUUUUCUGCAUUAAUGUCAUAUGCACGUGUCAAUGAUAGAUUAAAGAAAUGGAGAACUGAAACUAGAAUAUAAUCUUUUUAUAAAAAGAUGUGUUUAUUUUUAUUUUAUGAGUAUAAAUGUUUGACUUGCAUAAAUGUCUGUGUCCAACAUGUCUUGACAGGUAUCUGUAGAGGUCAGAUACCUGGGUCAUUUGAAAUGAUAGUUACAGAUGGCUGUGAGCUGCCACGUGGGUGCUAGGGAUCAAACUUGGCUUAGUCACUACGCCAUUUUUCCAGCUUCAUAUAACCUUUUUUUGUUUGUAAAUUUUACAAGGGGUGUGUGUGUGUGUGUUUGUGUGUGUGUUAGUAGCACCAUAUUAAGUCUUGUUAAAACAUCUGAUAUGCACUGCUCAAAAAUGAGUACCUCAGAGAAAUGGGAUUUAAUGAAGAAACCAAGAAGAUAUUAUAAAAACAUCCCCCAAAAGGAAUAUAAAGGGGGAGCUAGAGAGGUGUCUCAGUGUUAAGAAUGGGAACUGCUCUUACAGAAUGCCAGAGUGUGCUUUUCAGCUCCCAGCUUGGGUGGCUUGCUCCCUCCUGUAGCUCUAGAUCCAGCAGAAUUGAUGGCUUCUCCCUGGCCUCCUAGGACACUAGCCUAAUGUGUACUCUCUUCCCCACAGAUACACAUAGUUAAAAAUAAAAAUCCAAAUCUUAAAAGGAGCUUAGUAAAAUUAACACAACAGGUGGGUAAUUGUUGGUGUAUUUUAAAACAAAAUAUUAUUCUGAUAUAGUAGACAAUGUCUGAAGUGAAUGAGACUCCACAUUUCUGAUUAUUAAGAUUAGUGUAAAUGAGGGAGAACUUCCCUGUUCACAAAUGCUCAGCAUGUCAUUGUUUAAUGUCCCUCUCACUGUGUCCUCAGUGUGGCCUGAAGACAGGGCUUAGCUUCUCUCUCUGUCUUUCCUACCCACACCUUUCUACUGUAGCUAUAGGACUCUCGCUCAGUUCUGUGGCUAUGCUUUGCCUUUUCUGCCUCAAUGUCAGCUUCAUUUUUCUCUGACAGAGAGAGCCUCCUCUUCUCUCUGUCUGAAGCUAACCCUUUUAGUCCUGUAUCAGGUCACUUUGUCUUUGCUCUGAAUUCUUACUGCAGGGUAUCUUGUUUUCCCUCAACUGUCUUCACAAUUUGCUUUUCUUCUGUCUGUAUGUGGAGUGCCUGCUCAUUUUUCAUGUGGAUAACGUACCAGAUCCAGGGACUGCUCAGUGCUUAACUCAUGCGCUUGCUUGGCAGAUUGACUUGGCUGAGUGUUCUUUUUCUGAGACACCUUUAUCCUUUAGGUUCUGCAUGUGCACUGCUGUUACCUUCCCUGGCUUCUUGUUUUCAGCAUCCUUUGAAGACUUCCUCUGCCAUCUUUAAAUGUUGAUGCUCUCUGGCUUCCAGCUAUUGUCAGUUCUUAUUCUGUGCAUUCAUUCUCAAGCCCAGGGACUUAAUAGUUACUGUCUGUCUAUGAAUGUCAGAGCUUAGUGUGGUCUGUUUCUUUGCCUUCGUAGCUAUGUAUUUACGCACCUACUGCCAUGGCAUAGUGAAGUCAGUAUUUCUUUAAAAAACAAAACAAAACAAAAAACAAAAACCCCUACUUAUUCAAACUUGUGUGUCAUUUCACCAAAUACCAUCAGUAUUAAAACCAGAAUUUAAAAUAUAUUCCCUCUUUCCCUCUGACUUUAAAGUAUUCAUUCCCAGUUUCUUCCCCCACAUCCCCAGUAGAAUAUUGCAAUAUAGCCCAGCCUGGCUUGGCUUUGUGACUUGAGGCCUCAGAUUCCUAGGUGCUGGAAUCAUUCUAUGAGUUGCUGUGCCUUGCUCUCCUCUAAACAUUUUACACUUAUAUUAUUUUUCUAUUUCUUUUGAAUUAUAUUAAUGAUAAAUCUGCAUUGUUCCACCAAACAAAUGCUACCUGCUGUAUGUAUGUGUGCUUACACACAAUUUUGUUUUUGGGGGGAACAGUCCUGUGGAGAUUUUGUAUCUUGAGUAUGGGAAAGAAACAGGAUGUAGAAAGACUAAGCAGCCUUCCUAGAGGUCUCUAUUGGUGUGUGGAAACGUCUGAGAUCUGACUGUAAGCAGAUCACUUGUGAUGCCGUUGGCAUUGAAGCCACAGCCUCAUACAUGCUAAGCCCUGCUCUGAGCUGAACUGUUUCUUCCACUCCCAAGGCCUUACUGUUAAUCAUCAUUGUAUUACCUUCUAAUUCCUGCCUCUGUCACCUCACGGGAUGAAAGCUACCUUUUAAACUCUGUCUGCGAUCAUGCUGCUUUCCUAUCCAUUCUGUGCAGUGGGUCCUCAGACCUUUGUGGCUGUCUUCAGUCUUUCUGUGUUUGAGAGAGGACAUCUGAAUUACUGUAUUGACUGAUAAAGUCCGGAGCAGUUGUCUUUCCAGUUGGCUCUCACAGCAACUUUUUUGCAUUACAACUACUGUCGCUGCUCCCUCCCCUCCACUGCUUACGUCCUUUCAGUAUACAUAGGUUAUUGUUUUCAGUGCUGCAUAUAUGCAAAGUUUCUCCUAGUUGCCUACAUUUCUCAAGCUCUUCCUCCUGAAAUACCUCGUUUAUGUAAUAAAUAGCUUAUGUAAUCAAUAAAUAUAUAGCUGCUGAAUUGGAGUAGCACCGCUUGGAACCCAAGGUUGGAAAUGUUAUUAUUUAUUAUAAACUAUGAGUUUUUCACCAUGUACUCAUUGUACAUAUACAUCUUCACAGUAGAAUCAAGUCUGUAACUGAAUGUGUUACGUGUGUGUGUGUGUGUGUGUGUGUGUGUGUGUGUGUAGGGAGAGAGAGGUAGAUGGGUGGGGGGAGGAGAGAUUGCUUUUAAUUAUGUAAUGAUUGUCAUUAAGAUAAUAUAUGCUGAGUUCCAGAAUGUUAAAUGAUUGUCAGUUUUAGGUCAGGGAUACUUGGCAUCUGAGCCAAGUCAGAUUUAAUGAAGGACUAUUUAUAUUGUACCAUGAAUUUUCACUGUUUCAAUAUUAAUACGUUCAUGAUUUCGUUAACAGGUUAAUUUCUAACUGACAGUACCUACCUUAAUUACCUACCAUAUACCAUGUUAGCUUUUUGUAUGUGUCACUUAAGGGUAGACUGAGGAGAACAGCUGUUUUGAGUGGUUGUGGGCAAUGGAACUUCUCUAGGAAGUUAGCAGAAAAAAUGUUUCUAUGUGGUAUAAAAAUUGUAGAUGACAUUAGAUACAGUUCCAAGUAAUGAUGAAUCAGUGUAGAAAUGGUUAUGAAUUAAAACCAUUUAUAAUUUGACUUAUUUCAAGUUUAUUAAAUUUCUAAGUGUUUUAGUACUAUUGGCCAUCAGAUAAAAAUAUUCUGAAGUUAGACAAACAAUUAUAAAUAUGGAAAAAUUGUGUCUUUGAAACAAUGAAAACUAAAAUGAGUGCAGAAUUAAAACCUUAUUGAAUUGCAUCAGUCUUUAGGCAAUUAAUUUGUCUCAGCUUAUUUAAACUAAUUGUCAUUUUCUACUUUUUUUCAAACUACUACCUUUAACCUUCUUUAGGGCCCAAGAGACGGCCCAGCAGGUAAAGGUACCUGCUGCCAGGUCUAAUGAGCUAAGUUUGAUUGCUGAGAGCCACACAGUGGAAGAUGAGAACCAACUCCCUCACGUUGUCUUCUGACCUUUGUGUGCCUGCUGUGGCACAUUUGUGCUCCCCCCACCCCCCCCACACACACAAAUGAAAUCAAUGUAAAAAUAAAAUGCUGUUUAAUAUUGGUGAAGUGGAGCUGAGAAAAUUGUGUAAGCAGGAGGGCCUGAGUUUGUGUCUGCAGCACCUGCGUAAACGCAUGGCAUGGUUGGUUGCCUGCUGCUGUCACCCCAUUACUAAGGGGUGGUGACAGGUGGAUUCUAGAGCAUGCUGGCCAUCCCUGCCUUUUUCCCUUGGCAUCAAAACUGAUAAAUGUUGGAAGUAUUCUGAGAAGAUUAAAAAGUGUUCUUAAAAACUUCCCUCAGUCCAGAAUUCUGUGAAAAGAGGCCAAGUUUUUAGCUACUUGAGGCUUUUACCAGAUCCCUGCCAUUUGCUUUAGGAAAACUGAGAAAUUUUAUUUUCAUGGAAAUAAAUUUCUUAGUCUGCUUUGCCCGGUGUUGCAGGCAGGAUUGGUGCACACAAUGCCGCUUGUUGGUCAGGCUUGUACUCUAGGUACAAUCACACUAUUAGAGUUCUUCCAGUGACUUCAGGGAGACAAGUGCCACAUGUAGAUGGAAUUCAUUUCCUAAAGCUGGUUUAUAGAGCUGCAAAUAGGAUUUAAACAUGGUGACUAUGAUUGCUUUCUUUACUAUCUGUGUGCUCUCCUUUGCUAGCUUAUGGAGUUAGGCUAAAGCCCUUCAGUUUCUCAUGGUUGGAUGGUAUCUCACAUGUCAUUUGUAUGGGAGAACCCUGGUUGCUUAUUAGGUCUGCUUCUCAGUUCUCAUGGAAUAUUGAACACAGACUAUGUUUCUUAGUUAUAUCCUUCUUGAUCUCAAACCAAAGUAAACCAGUACUUGGCACAGACAUAUUACAUAAAUAAUCAGAAAGCUGGAUUCCAGUUACUUAGUGGUGGACUUGCCUUUGCUAACUAACACACGAGGUUGGUGUGCUGUUUCUGUGUGAAGCUCCUAUGAAUGAUGGAUUUGGGACUAGAGAGGGAACAGUAAUUGAGGGCUAGAAUAUAUUGUUUUUGUUCUCUUGGUGCCUGAAACAGGGGAGCCUCAAUAAUAUGAGUGAACUAAGCUGGAGAUGACCUAAACACACGUGAUGAGGUGGGAGAGUCGGCAGUGCUCAGAAGAGCCUGAUACUUGGGUUGGGUUUAAGAAUUUUGUGUAAGAUCAUUUGAGUUCAACAAUCCUUUUCCUGCUUCUUAUGAGAUAUGUAAAGAUAUCAGUCUAAGAGUAUACAUAGUACACUACACACACACACACACACACACACACACACACAGAGUUUCACUAUGUAUUCCUUGCUGACCUUGGAUUGCUGUGUAGACCACGCUGGCCUUAAACUCACAGAGAUCAGCCUGCCUCAGAGUACUGGCUCUGUACUGAUUUUCACUUACCUGCCUCUAACCCAUCUGAUGCUAUGACUGAUGCUUAGAGCUUACUUACAUUUCUACUUUUUGACAUCUGCGUCUAGUGGGGCCUAGAUACACACACACACUUUUAUGCAAGAUAAUCUAAGACUAUUUCCUUUUUCAAUAUAUAGGUUAGCAUAUAGACUUUAAAGUUGGGUUCUUGCCUCAACGCAAAACAGAGCAAAUGGAAAUGGGUCCCGUGCUUUUAUUAAGACAUUUGGUGUGUAUUUUAUGAACUAUAAGCUGUUUCCAAAACUGAAACUGGCUAUUCAUGUUUUACUGUCUAUUAGCAAGAAUUCCAAAGGCUUUGCUCACCUAAUAAAGGAGAGCGUCUUUUAAAAAGUUGCAAUGGUUUGCUUUAUAGAAACAAUCUUUCAAAAGAAAUCAAAUAUACUUGGAAUAAAAUUAUUCUCAACUAUGUGUUCACAUAGCUACAGUGUAUGCAGUGUAUGGAUUUUCAGAAUAGAAUACUUUGAGUCCUGUAAUUGAAAUUGAAUAUAAACUGGAAUAAAAUCAAUAUUCUUGAGACCUA